AUGUACGGCCUGUCGCUGGGGGAAACAGAUGAUGAGGAGGAUUUCUCUGCUGACAGUGGAUGGAUUCCGUGGUUCUGUGGAUUGAAAGGGCACGAACUGUUCGCGGAGGUGGAGGAAGAAUACGUCAGGGACAACUUUAAUCUCUAUGGUCUGAGACAGCGCUUUCAGUUCUACGAGCAUGCUCUUGAGAUGAUCUUGUCCUCAGAGGCACCUGAGGAUGAUGACCUGGCCGAUGCCGAGUUUCUGGAAAUCUACAGGGAUGCCAGUGACUUGUACGGUCUUAUUCAUGCGCGGUAUAUUGCCUCUCCAAGGGGCCUUCAGGCGAUGCGUGACAAGUACCUGAAAGGGGUCUUCGGGACUUGCCCCCGGGUGCUUUGUGACAGACAGCAUACGCUCCCAAUGGGCCUGGCUGAAGAUCUCCGUGCUGCGCAGGUGAAGAUCUUUUGCCCCAAAUGCGAGCAGGUCUACGCAGCCAAGAGCAAGUACAGAGAACUUGAUGGAGCUUUUUUUGGGAUGUCAUUCCCGCAGAUCUUCCUUCAAACAUAUCCAACUCUGCUUCCAUUGGAAGUACCGAGGCACCCAGCGCGUGAAGCCAUGUUUCCGUUUUUUCCAGUAUGGUGA